GUCAUCAGCAAAUCACGCAGAUCCCGCAGGAUGGCACCGUCGAGCACGCUGCCCAUCCCGCCCAUGGAGGCAGUCCGCAUGCUGCUGCUGCAAGAUGGCACGGCGAUUGGCAGCUACCAGCGGCCUCUGCGGCGCCACGUCGCCUCAUCCUCGCUGCGGUCGUCUCCGGGCUCGCCGCUGUCCCGGCAAACCGCCGUCUGCCUCGUCCUCGAGCCAGCCGGCCACUGCUUCUCCGUCAUUGACGCUUCGGCCUUUGCAUCUGGCGCACUCCAGCGCUAUAGCUCCGCCUCGUGUCCGUCUGUCUACAUACCGCCUCUGCGGGAGCUCCUUGCGUUCCGGAAUCUGCAUGCCGGCGACCGACAAUUGUACGUGCACGAGCACCAUCUCCGGGACGUACACUGGCGCCAAGGACCUCUUCCGACAACUUUUCGCUGGCGCUGCGGCGGCUUCAAGCUCGAAGCGAUGCAAUCCGAGUCGGGAGCGUAUGGCGUCGACUCGCUGGAUGGCCUUGCCCGCGUCUGCCUGGAUGCGACAGGCACCUUCUUUGAUGCCACGUGCACUGUCGCAGUCGCUACGACCACGGGCGACGGGCCUCGGACGCGCAUCACGCGUAUCGCGCAGCGCUUCUUCCGGGAAGCGAUUCCUUUGCACUGGGCGUACCCGGCUUCAGUUCUUAUUGCGGCCCACCAAGCCCACCUGACCCACCAGAGCACGUUUUCUAUUGACGUCGAUUCGCCUUACAAGACGACGCCGGCACCGACCAACAGAGCGUUUAGCGCGCGGCCGCAUUGGGCAGCUGUCGCCAUGCGCCCGGACGACUUGCCGACGCCAGCGCUCCUCGCCGUCGACGUCUAUGACGUGGGACAGCACGUAUCGGUGCCGGCGACCACACUGCGGCGCCCGCUCGUGGCCGAGUGGACGCGAGACGCUUCGUUCCACGUCCUGCCCACGAGCAUCUACGCGUUGCUGCCGGCCGACAACUCGACCCUGGUGUUUGCCAAAGGGUUCUUCAAGCACUACACGUCCGAGGCGCCGUUCGAACACUGCUUUACCCUCACGUCGGUGCCACCGCCGACCGCGUCUCGGCUCGCGUACGACCUGACGGCGAUUUGCAACACCAUGGCCUUUCUACACGAAAGCGCCAACCAGCUGCAACCAGCGCCGUCGAUGCCGUUGCCUGCGGUUGAUGCGAAUGCGGUCGUCGAAGACCAGACGACGGCCGUCGGACGCUUCCGCGCCUUUGGCGACGGUCGAGUCCGCGUCAUCUUCACAGACCGGACGAUCGUCGCCGCGGACGCAGCGGGAUCGACGGCCUCCCUGCUCUUACCUACCGGUGUGUCCGUGUCCAUCUUGCUAUGCGCGCCACCAGACAUGUACCAACCAUACAUCCACGCCACCAUGAGCUUCCGAACGUGGGCCUACUUGACGCCGCAGGAACGGGCAGCGACGAGCCAGCGCCAAUCCGCUGUCGCAAGCCGCGUUGAGGCCGAGCUCGCCAAAACCCGCGCCUGUCUCGCCGCCGACGUCCCCCGGUGGCACCCGUCGUCGUCGUCCACCACCGACAAGGUCCAAGACGCCCUCCGUGCGACCCAAGCCCACCUCGAACGCGUCCAGCGCACGCUCCAAGAACGUUCUUUAUAACACGCACGCCACAUUAGCCCCACA